AUGGUGGCUGGAGGAAGUGGUAGCCAGGCUCGCAAUGACAUUGCGGGAUCGGGUGGUGGCCUAAAAGGACUUGAUGCUGCUGGAAAAGGAGGAACGCAAAUGUCUGGUGGCAAGGGUCGGGUUUCAGGAACUUUCGGCAUGGGAGGUGGAAGUUUUGAUGAAGCUUCUGGCGGUGGUGGCGGUUAUUUUGGUGGUGGUUCCUUCUCAUACGGAUUUGGAAAUUCUGGCGGUGGUGGAAGUUCGUAUAUAAGUGGAUAUAAAGGUUGUAUUUCUGUAGCCGAAGAUUAUACAAAUGAUAAUCCUAAGUUCUCGACAGAAGAGGGUCAAUCAAUCCAUUAUUCUGGAAUCAAAUUCCAAAACCCAGAAAUGAUAGAUGGAAAGGGUAUAAUGCCAUCUCCUAACGUUACUAAUCCUAUUGCCGAAUAUGGUCAUGACGGAAAUGGACACGUCAUUAUUUGGAAAUAUAUCUGGUAUGAAAAGUAUUAUAUAGAUAACCUCGAAGCUGUACCACUUAUUAUUCGCGUUAAAUGCUCGAUGCCAUACUUAUUUGGAGCAAAAUUUGAUAAUGCAUUUUAUUAUUCCGUCAUUUCAUUAUCUAUAUAA